AUGACUCUCGAAGCCCUUCUCGAUCGUCAGAAUGAACUUUUCGGCCUCAUCGCUCGCGCUUGCGAGAACCUACAAAAGCUCGGUCCUGCGAGGACCACCCGUGGUGCGGUGCAAAGUCGCUUAACAAUUUUAAAGGCUAAUUGGGAAAAAUUCCAGGCUCAACACGAAAAUCUAUACAAGCUGAAAUCGUCAGAAUUAAAGAAGCUGGACUACGUUGUCGAUAGGAUCUACGAGCAAUGCGAAGAGAAAUUUGCCGAAGCGCAAGGCACUAUGCUCACUAUCCUCGACAGUUUUGAACCACCUCAACAGAAUCCAUCAGCCGAAACUUUUAUGAACUCAUCGUCCGCAUCUCAUUCUCGACGUUUGCCUCGCAUCGAUUUACCGAAAUUUAACGGCGAAUAUUCGCAGUGGAGUCAUUUCAGAGAUCUCUUUGCCUCUAUGAUCAACGCGAAUACCGAUCUCUCUGCUGUCGAAAAGCUUCAUUAUUUAAAGAUGAGCCUAUCGAAUGAACCGGCUACUCUCUUGAAAGGCGUUGAGAUAUCAAGUGAAGGAUUCAAUCGCGCAUGGGAUACUCUCAUUGACCGUUACGACAACAAGCGUAUCCUGAUAGAGGCUCAGCUCUCCGCUCUGUUUUCGAUUUGCAAGGCGAAAUCCGAAUGUGCAUCGGAAGUGAAACGCCUUCUCUGCGAAUUGAAGGAAGCAAUCGGAGCCCUCGCUACAUUGGGCUGCCUAGUUCAUCACUGGGACAUCAUUCUCAUCUUUAUGACAGUGCGCAAACUAGAUGUCGAAUCUGUUAAGGAGUGGGAAAAAUCACUCGGAGCCACAUCGCAACCACCAUCGUUCGCCGACUUCGAGAAAUUUCUUCUCGGUCGUAUUCUCACUCUCGAAGCCUUCGAACGAACAACGAAUUCUCGGAAACAAAACGCAAGUGCACCUCGAUCUCCCGCUCACGCUCGGGCAUAUACCGCUACUGUGACUGAUCAAAAGUGUGCGUUGUGUUCAUCGGGACAUUACAUUGCCUCGUGUCCAAAGUAUCUCGAAAAGACACCCAUGCAGCGAAAGGAAGUAAUAAUUUCGAAAAAUCUCUGCUUUAAUUGUCUCGGGCCUCAUCAGAUAAAAUCAUGCCGCUCAACAAAACGCUGUCGUCUCUGCCACAAGCAACAUCACUCCACGUUACAUUAUCAAGCCGGUAACGCAGCGAUCGGUGCAGCAGCUGCACACUCAGACUCGUCGACGCCUGUCGUCAAGACAAUCACAUCGUCUCCGCCAGCAAUUCAUACUGCAGGUAUUCCGCCACACGAAUCUGUUGCUCCUCUACGGAAUACCGAGCAAAUCUCAAACUCCGUGACAUCAAGUCACGUCGCUCAAUCGCGGAUAAUCCGUCGCACUCCGGUUCUAUUAGCCACAGCUCUCGUAAACGUAGUGUCAUCAACCGGAGAUAUCUAUCAAGUGCGCGCUCUUAUCGAUCAAGGAUCGGAAGUCUCGUUUGUCUCGGAAUCGGUCGCCCAAUUAUUAAAACUCUCGCGUCAAGCGGCGGCUAUUCCGAUUCUCGGCAUCGGAGCUCAUCGCUCAAGCAUAUCAAACGGACUCGUCUGUCUCAAAGUGAUAUCUCAAGUGCAUAAAGACAGUUCUCUCGAAGUCGAUGCUCUCGUACUGCCGAAAUUAACGUCCUAUCUGCCUCCCGCGCGUGUCGAAUAUACUCAGUGGCCGCACAUACAAGGUCUCGAGCUCGCGGAUCCAAACUUCGCCACGCCCGAAAAAAUCGAUCUCAUACUAAGUGUAACGGUGCACGCUCAAAUACUCAAAGACGGUAUUCGUCGAGGAAAUAUCGGCGAACCCAUCGCUCAAGAAACGACUCUCGGAUGGGUGCUAUCAGGGCCCCUCUCAAAUGAUAAUGCGAAGACCAACGCCAUGGAAAACAACUCAGUCAUCGGUCUUCAGUGCUCUCUCGACUCUGAGCUCCUGGAGCUCCUUCAACGCUUCUGGACACAAGAAGAAAUCGCGCCUGCCUCUCAAAUCUCAAUGUCUCCAGAAGAAUCUCAGUGCGAAGAACAUUUCAAAACGACUCAUUCUCGCGACGUCAACGGACGAUUUGUGGUACGCUUGCCUCUCAAGAAGAGUGUUAGUGAAUUUGGUGACUCUCGCUCUAUCGCACUCAAGGCGUUGUAUCGCAUGGAAAAACGAUUCGAAUCGAAUCCAUCGCUCAAAAUCCAGUAUAUCGACUUUUUACUUUCUCCUUGUCGGGCCGAAACUACAAACGGAUCUCGCGGACAUCCUCAUCCGUUGGCGACGGCUCGAUACGUGUUCGCGGCCGAUAUCGAGAAAAUGUAUCGGCAGAUUCGCGUGCAUGAGGAUGAUUGGCCGUUACAGAAAAUUCUUUGGCGGGACUCUCUCGACGAAAGGCCUCAAGAAUAUGCAUUGUGUACCGUAACGUACGGCCUCGCGUGUGCUCCAUAUCUCGCGCUACGCUGUUUACGGCAACUCGCUCUCGAUUACGAUUCGACUCGCCCUCAUGCUUCCGAAACUCUUCGUCGCGACACAUACGUCGAUGAUAUUCUCUCCGGCGACGAAAGCAUCUCUCAGGCGAAAGAAAAAAUCUCGCAACUAAGAACUACUCUCACGGCGGGCGGCUUUACGCUCCGAAAAUGGAUCGCUAACGAUUCAAAUCUGCUCGACGAUAUCCCUGCCUGCGAUCGCGAAACAUCUCCUACGCUCUCGGUCAACGACAGUGCGAUACAUCAUACUCUCGGUGUGCGUUGGGAACGCAAAUCAGACAGUUUCGUGUUUUCUCCGCCGUCGCUCGCGAUCUCGAAAAAUCGCGUUACAAAACGCUCAGUGCUAUCGCUUAUCGCACGCAUGUUUGAUCCACUCGGAUGGAUUACGCCUAUCACAGUUACCGCAAAGCUGUUCAUGCAAGAACUGUGGGCCAUACGUCUCGACUGGGACGACGAACUCCCGGAAGAUUUAAAGUCACGAUGGACAAUCUACGUCGCUCAACUCACAUGCAUCUCUCGUCUCGCUAUCUCGCGUUGGUUUGGAACAAGUGCUUCGAAUCUCGCCGUGGAAGUGCACGGUUUCGCGGACGCAUCUCAAAGUGCACUCGCCGCGGUCGUUUAUCUCCGCGUUCUCAGUGACAUCGACGACGCUCAAAUAAAACUCAUUUGCUCAAAGACUAAAGUUGCCCCUCUCAAACGAAUGACUAUACCGCGUCUCGAACUCUCAGCCGCAGUGCUGCUCGUGCGUCAAGUUCUCAAAAUUCGCGAAGUGCUUGAACUACAAACCGCGCCAACCCAUCUCUGGACCGAUUCGACGGUCGCUCUUACGUGGAUCAAAAGUCAUCCAUCCCGGUGGAAAGACUUCGUACGGAAUCGUGUCUCGUUUAUUCAAGAGCUCUCAAACUCUAGAUGGCAUCACGUCUCCGGGAAGGAGAAUCCCGCUGAUCUAGCAUCACGAGGCGUGACUCCUCAACGUCUUCAACAAAACGAACUCUGGUGGACCGGUCCUCAUUGGUUACAUACGCAUUCGACAUCUUGGCCGUCUUCAAUUCCGAUUCUCGAGUCUACGGACAACCUCGAAGAACGGCCUCCGCAGUGUACAACUGCAUUGGAAAAUCAUGAACAUAAACUUUCGAUGCUCGAUCGAUACUCAUCGCUGACGACCCUCAUCAGAACUACCGCCUGGGUCCAGCGUGCUCUUCAACUCUUUCGGAAAUCUGUCGCAUCACGCUCAUCUCACGAGCCUCUCACCGUCGAAGAGUUAGAAUCAGCGCUAAUGCUGUGGGUUAAACUCACGCAGCAAAUUUACUUCUCAUCCGAAAUCAAAACCUUGAAGAGCCAACGAUCACUCUCAACCUCGAGCUCUCUCUAUCGUCUAACGCCAUUCCUCGACAGCGAAGGACUUUUGCGUUUACGCGGACGUUUAUUCCGGUCACAACUAGAUCCAGAAGAAAAACAUCCUUUGAUCUUACCUCGAAAAUGUCGCUUAUCCAUUCUCGUGAUGGAUUAUCAUCACCGAAAGACUCUCCACGGCGGACCGCAGUUAACGUUAUCUUCGAUUCGUCAAAGGUUUUGGAUUAUCGGCGGUCGCGUUCCUAUCAGAGCAUUCAUCCACAAGUGCGUGAUUUGUGCUCGUCAUCGUGCUACUACUGGUCAACAAGCUGUAGGACAGCUUCCAGCAUCACGAGUCGUUCCGCGCCGACCGUUCUUCAACUCUGGAGUCGAUUAUGCCGGGCCACUGACUCUCAAAACUUUUCGCGGACGAGGCUGCAGAACGUACAAGGGAUAUUUCAUCAUUUUCGUUUGUUUCAGUACGUCUGCGAUACAUCUGGAAGUCGCGACUGACUAUUCUACGGACGGCUUUCUGGCGGCGUUCAGGCGAUUUACCGGACGGCGAGGCAUAUGCUCUACUCUGACUAGUGAUUGUGGCACGAAUUUGAUCGGUGCCGACGCAGAACUCAAACGGAUGUUCACGGCAUCUUCUCGCGAGUGGGCUCACAUCGCUAACAUUCUCGCAAAUGACGGAGUGAAGUGGAGUUUUAAUCCACCCUCCGCCCCCCAUUUUGGAGGAAAAUGGGAAGCUGAGGUGAAAUCCGUCAAAUUUCACUUGCGGCGAGUUCUCGGCGACGCUCGCCUCACCUAUGAAGAACUGACAACGCUCUUAGUGCAAAUCGAGGCGAUUCUGAACUCUCGCCCGCUCACUGCACUCUCAGAUGAUCCGUCGGACCCUACCGCUCUCACGCCUGGGCACUUUCUCGUCGGGUCCACUCUCGCUACCGUGCCGGAACCUUCGCUUCAAGAGGUACCUCAAAACCGGUUGUCACGUUGGCAACUAUUGCAAUGUAUGAAGGAAUCAUUCUGGCAACGAUGGUCGUCAGAAUAUUUACAGCAGCUACAGACUACCUCGAAACAAUAUCGACCUCAAGAUGCCUUUCGAAAAGGCGCUCUCGUUCUAAUCAAGGACGAACGAUUUCCUCCAACUAAGUGGCCUCUCGCACGCAUUACUGACGUGCACCCUGGAGUCGACGGACUUAUUCGAGUUGCCACAGUGAAAACAGCUACCUCAAGUUUUAAGAGACCUAUAGUGAAAUUGUGUUUGCUGCCGAUCGAAACUCAAUAG